CUGGGCAUCCACGCUGGGACGAGCACACACGCACACCCCUCUGUCCCCAGACCUCUCCCUCACCGGCCCGGCCCAGCACCCCCAGGGGCGCGCACCUGGCCGCCUCCGGCAAGGACACACCCCGGGGGGGAGGAGCUGCCGUCGCGGUGGGGCCCAGCCCACACCGGCUGCGAGCUCCCUUUCCGCUUCUCCGGGGGAUCGACAUGGCCCAGGAGCGUCCCAGCACCGCCCUGGAGCCCCAGCACGUCCAGCGGUUGCUGCUGUCCUGCCAGGAGGCCAAGAAGUCCGCCUACUGCCCCUACAGCCGCUUCCCCGUGGGGGCCGCUCUCCUCACCGAGGACGGCAGGAUCUUCUCGGGGUGCAACAUCGAAAAUGCCUGCUACCCGCUGGGUGUCUGUGCUGAACGAACUGCCAUCCAGAAGGCCAUCUCGGAAGGGUACAAAGAGUUCAGGGCAAUCGCUAUUGCCAGUGACUUGCAAGACGAUUUUAUCUCACCCUGUGGGGCUUGCAGACAGGUCAUGAGAGAGUUUGGCACCGACUGGGCUGUCUACAUGACCAAACUGGAUGGCACGUAUGUUGUCCGGACGGUCCAGGAGCUGCUGCCUGACUCUUUCGGGCCCGAGGACCUGCAGAAAAUCCAGUGAGGGGUGGAGAGCACCCUCCGCCCGGGAGCCCCUGCGUUCCUACACGGGCUAAGGGGACAACCACCCGGAGGACUUCAUGAAGACAUUCUCACAGACCUGGGGACACCUGCCGAACGGGCCCCAACCCGCCGGGCACUGGGCAGAGACGAUUUUUCCAAUUAACACUCGAGCACCAGGUUUCUACGAAGUGAUACCGGGUUUCCCUUCCGGCCUCUCCUUGCAACCCGUCUCGUCCUCCCCGGAACUCAGGGCACCCCGUCCCUCUCUCUCCUUCCCGUGGGCCUUCUUUCAAAUUCCAACCUAGUCUGGACUGCUUCCCCAUCUGCCUUCCCAAGGUUCUGUCCUGCUCUGGGUGACUUUUCUAAUGAUAAACAUCACAAAACUUUUGAGAGAGGCUUUUCGCUCCAUCUCAAUCCUUGCUGUAGCUCUCAGGAAGGGCAGUCUUCAUAUUAAAUAGAAAGGCCUGGACUCUUCCUGCCAGGAACAGAAUCAGACACCUUGGAUCUGUGUAGCUGGUGUGGAGAGCUGAGUUUUUAGAUCUCUUGUCCCUGCCUUCUUCCAAUGGGGUUCUGCUGGGCUGGGUCUUACUGAGAACGGCCAUUUCUAGAGUCUGUUCUGGGCUAAGUCAGACCCGGGCCCUGGAUGCUGUCACCCCCCAAGUAUAAAGGUAGGGAAGGGCUGUUUGUUUAGAUGGCAGAGCAAACAUCUCUAUGAGAACCUGCUGUGUGUCCAGUGAUUUUACCUGGAUUAUUUUGUAUUUAAAGUACUCAACAACUCAGUAAAGUAGCUAUCUCCCCCUUCUUACAGUUGGGGGCCCUGGGCCUCAGCGAGGUUGAGUAACUUGCUUUCAGACCACAGCAAAGUUUAAACCAAAAUCCAGGUCCCAUCACUCCCCCUUGUAAGGUAUAGUUCGGGCCGAGGCAGAAAAGGAAAGACGACCUCAACGGAAGUAGGUUACCUUUAUUCAGGCAAGGAGGGGCGACAGUCGACCAGGCUGAGUGCCGAGAGGGAUCAGGGAGACUCCAUAUUUAUAGAGACGUUUGUGGAAGCGAUAAGGGAAACGUUAAUCAGGCGGGAUGUUUUGGGUAUUCUCUAGUUGAGAUGGCAUUUGUAGUUGGGCAGGGGGUGAUAAGUCUUCUGGGCAGGUGUAGGGGGUGGAAGGUUUCUGUGUAGGGGGUGAUAAGUCCCAGAUAGUUUAAAAAAAAAAGUCCCAGAUAGAUGCAACCGGCCUGGAGCUUCAGGGCGGAACCUAAAGUUCUGUUUUGUUUUCUCCGAAGUUAGAUGAUUCAGCAAGGGCCUUUGAGACUGUUGUUUUCUUUUCUAGGCCCGAAGACUCCUUCACCCCUAGGAUCUAGAAACAGUGCCUGCUCUUUGCCAUGUGCUGUGAUAUAGCAGACCUGGAAUCUGAACCAGGUCUGACUCUUGAAUCUUUUUCCACUUUUUCCGCAGCUGAUGUCUGGCUGCCUUUAUUUACUGAGUCUUUUCUAUAUGCCGAAUACUGCAGAGAAAGAUGUAUAAGAAACAGUCUCUGCCUCUGAGGAAUUUGCAAUCUGAUAGAGAGGUGUAAACAGGACUCAGGCUCAGAAAUAUACACUGCGAUCUAAGCUGGUAGCAAGCGCAGGGGGCAGCACGCUGCCUUCUGGGGAGUGAAGAGGGUCAGAUAGGGAACUGUCUGUUUCCUUGGUGCAAUUAGGAAGGUGAGGGCUGAAAAGGGAAGGAGCUGGGCUGGCUCUGUAAAGGGGGCUGGCAGCUCUAGGUGUCCUCCCUGGAGGAGCUGGCCUCGGGCCAGUCUUUGUGGCUGGGGUAACAGUAGAGCAUGGGUUUCCUCUUUCUCCCCUUCCCUGGGAGUCCUUUCUUUUGAGAUCAGAGCAUCUGCAGGGAUUACUGGUGCGUGCGUGCUAAGUCAUUUCCACUGUGUCCGACUCUUUGUGACCCCAUGGACUGUAGCCCACCAGGCUCCUCUGUCCGUGGGAUUCUCCAGGCAAGAAUACUGGAGUGGGCUGCCAUGCCCUCCUCCAGGGAAUCUUCCUGAUUCAGGGAUCAAACCUGUGUCUCAUACACCUGCCUAUAUUGACAAGCUAGUUCUUUACCACUAGCGCCACCUAGGAAGCCCUACUGUCUGAUAAGACUGGCUUUUCCAUUACCCACCCAGACUUACCUGCUGCCAUCUCAAGAGACAGAAAAGUAGUAUUUCCAACAUUCUACGUGAUGCAAAACUGCACCCUGCCUUUCUCUAGAAAUGGUUGCUGAGAACUUCAGCACACUCUUCUGGAUGUUCUCAACCAGGAGAAGUGAAGAAAGAAAAAGAAGACAGGAAGCAGGAAGAAAACGGGCCAAGACAUUAACAUCAGUUAAAAUUCUGAUCAGUGGGAUUCUAGAGUAGUGGGUUAUUUUCUGUUGUACAUAUCUGGAUUUUUUAAAUUCCCAAAGUAUUUCUUUUUCAUUUAACAACAACAACAAAAAAGAUGGUAUGGCAUAAUGGAGUUAAACAGCCUCCGAACCAUGUGGCGGCCAAACUGUGUGAUUUCAUUACCCUGAGUCUCAAUUUCCUCAUCUGUAAAUCAGCGGUGACAGUUUCCAGGGAACAGCAUUGUCUAUGGAUCAAAGGAAAGAGGCCUUAUUGAGAGCCCGGUGCUGGGUCCGCAAUAAGCUCUUGAUACAUGCCAGCUAUUCCUCUUGUGAAGAGUGACCAAUCUGGGUCCUUUGCAGAUGGAUGUGAUUUUUGCAAACAGGCUUUUACACUUGUUUAAUAAUUUUUUAAUUGAGUUCCUACUGUGUUGUAGGGCUGGGGCCACACCCUGGGGUUGCAGCAGUAAAGAUAUAAAAUUGCUGUCCUCACAGGGCUCUGUCUGCCUGUGGGAAAGACAUCUAAGUCAGCGGUUCCCAACCUUUCAGGCACCAGGGACCGGUUUCGUGGAAGACAGUUUUUUGGGGAUGGCACUUUGCAAAGAAGGAUUCCAAAAAUGAUUCGAACAAUGUCCCCUUGGAAGAAUGACACUCAUUUGGCUGCAGAGAGGCUGGGAUGUUUGUUUUAAAUAAAAGCAGUUGCAUUUUGUAGUCCUGCUGUUCUGGGGGCUGUGAUUUCAGAGCAGCACGUGUUCCAUUGUUUAAGGCUGUCUGUGUUUUUUAGGACCCUAAAGCUAAGUCCCAGAUUCCCAUGGACAUAAAUAGAAGCAUGUAUAUCUCUGCUGCUCUUGCCAGCUGCUGCUAACUGCUUAUGUAAACUACAAGAUUCUUUUGGAUUUCCUUUUGGCAGGGAGGAGGGAACAAAUAUGAUUCACAGAUGCCAGGGGCACUUUGGGUGCCUGUGUCUGAAAUGAAGCCAGAAAAUGCUGUUCAAGAAUAAAUAAUGGAAUGGCCUAA